GCAACCCUGCGCGGCGAGCGCGGCCGCAGCUUCCAGGCGCCGGUUGGGACGCGGGGGCCGAGGCGCAGGCGGGACGCAAUGGCUGCGUGGGGCGAGCGGCUGGCCGGCGUGCGCGGGGUGCUGCUCGACAUCUCAGGCGUGCUGUACGACGGCGGUGAGGGCGGCGGUGCGCCGAUUGUAGGCUCUGUGGAGGCGCUGGCGAGACUGAAGCGGUCCCAGCUGAAGGUGAGGUUCUGCACCAACGAGUCGCAGAAGUCCCGGGGAGACCUGGUGGGGAUGCUUCGGCGUCUGGGCUUCGACAUCUCAGAGGGCGAGGUGACCGCCCCGGCCCCUGCCACCUGCCUGAUCCUGAAGGAGCGAGGCCUGCGGCCACACCUGCUCAUCCACGACGGAGUCCGCUCGGAAUUUGAUCAGAUCGACACGUCCAACCCAAACUGUGUCGUAAUUGCAGAUGCAGGAGAAGGCUUUUCUUAUCAAAACAUGAAUAAAGCUUUCCAGGUGCUCAUGGAGCUGGAGAAUCCUGUGCUCUUCUCACUGGGAAAAGGACGCUACUACAAGGAGACCUCUGGCCUGAUGCUGGACGUUGGUCCCUACAUGAAGGCGCUUGAGUAUGCCUGUGGUAUCGAAGCUGAGGUGGUGGGGAAACCUUCCCCUGAGUUUUUCAAGUCUGCUCUGCGGGAGAUGAGGGUGGAAGCCCACCAGGCCAUCAUGAUCGGGGACGACAUCGUGGGUGACAUCAGCGGUGCCCAGCGGUGUGGGAUGAGAGCGCUGCAGGUGAGGACCGGGAAGUUCAGGCCCAGUGACGAGCACCACCCGGAAAUAAAGGCUGAUGGGUAUGUGGACAACCUGGCGGAGGCUGUGGACCUGCUGCUGCAGCACGCGGACAAGUGACAGGCUUUCUGGGAGGGCCCCUAGCCUCCUGCCGCCCUCUCCUGUGCCCACACCAUCCGAGGCACUGCCCCCUGGCCUGGACGGGCAAGCGAGAGGGUGCCAGCCAAGCAGUUCUGGGCUGCCCUGCCCCUGAGCCACCAGCCCCUCCUCCGUCUCCUUCUGCCGACCCCCCUUCCCUCCUCCUCUCCGGGCACACCUCCCAGCCUCCUGGGUGAAGUUUGAUCCCCACCUGCUGGCCCAGCCCCUCCCUGUGCUUCCCUAGUGGAAGUCAAGAGGUGGGGCACAGCUGUCGAAUCCCCAAACCCAUUCUCUCUCCAGUCGGCCAGACCUUUCAAUGCGCUACCGAAUCGGACUCUGGCGUUUGCCCCCUGCCUCUUUUCAAACAGCCCUUGAGUUUUAGGGAGGCGCCUGGAGAAAGCGGGGACUCCCAAGCAGAGUCCUUGCGGCCAGAGCCGAGCCAGCCUCCCCGGGACUGCCCAGCGGCCCCUGCCCUCACCUGGUGUCAGAGGGACCGCUCAGCACUCCCCACGAACCCCCCAAACAAUGCAGCCCGCCAUUUCUAUCCCAAGUCACCUCUGGAACCCAAAUGGAGCGGCUCCCAGGGGCACUUUAAAGACUGCCGUCCUUCGAGCAAGAAUUGUAAGCUCUGGAAUCCAGGUGGCAGGUGGAGGGUACCUUCUGGAGCCUGAACUCGAUAGACGUGAAUGUGUCACACCCAGGAAACUAACGGUUAAAUCAACUCUCUGCCCUGACCCACGGCGACUCCGGCUCUGACUGCGCGGGGUGGGCGGCAGGGAGGAGGCACCGUCCCUGAUCCUGCCCUGGACUUGAGCCCCUGCACGUCAGGGGGCCAGGGCCCUGAGACACCUCGCCUGCCUCAAACCCUUUGUUUAACAGAGGGGGAAACUGAGGCCCCACGGGGACCAGGUGCACAGGGCAAGCGUGGGCCUUCCCUCACGCAGCAGCCCGAGGUGGCGGGCAGUGAGCCGCGGGCUUCCCAGAUUCACUCACGGCCCAAGUUUCAGGUUUCAGCAUCGAUCAGCAGAACAGAUAACUUGAAUGCUCUGUUUCUCCCCAAAUCCAUCCAGAACCCACUGACAAAUCUCGGGAGACUCCUCGUGAAAGAGGUCGUGAGUCUUCCGUCACGGGAUUUCCAUUAAACGAAGGCAGGUGAUGAUAGAACGCUUCGCCCUGAACCUGAGUCCCCAGCACGGGAGCAGGGCCGGCGGGGGUCUGUGCGGUCCCCAGGGCUUGCCCGCCAGGCCGGCCACCAUUAAAUCAGGAUUAGGAAGAAACGGUGGUAGCUGAGUCUCUUCAGCAAGAUGAGGCCACCGGCCAGGCUCGGGUCACUGGCUUGCAGGGGAGGAGGGGCGUUUGGCCUGUUAGCUGGCAGAUAUGCAGAUGGCCUGCCCCUGGACGGAGUCCCCUAAUUCCAGCUCGUUAGGUGACCAGCGCAGUGUGGGCAGCAGGCACCAGGGCUCGGAAGGCGACUGUGCGGGGACGGGCCUGCAGCCUUCUGUUGGGUUUGUUCCCUCUUUUCUUUCUUCCUUUUUCGUGGGCUGCCCUUGCCUGCUGUCCUCAGCAGGGGCUUGCAGGCAGGGCAGUAUGGUUCUGGAGGAAGGAGGCUGGGGGGGUCCCGCUCUCCAUGGACAAGUGGAGCCUCCCCUUGCGAGCUGCUGCCCAGGAGUGAGGACGGAGAGGGACUCGGGCAGCAGGCGCAGACCCCUGCUUUGGGUGGAGAACACGCUGCCCCCCCGAGCUGUGGGUUCUGUGAAGUGGACACUGUCAUCUCCCCAUUUUACAGGUAAGGAAACUGAGGUGCAGGGAAACUGACUUGCCUACGGGCUGACGGCUGGCAAGGAUAGAGCCGAGGCUCAAAUCAAGGUCUGACCCUGCAUCCCAUGCCCUUCCUAGUCCCUUCCACGAUCCCUCCACAGGGGAUGACCUGCGGUGGUCCCGGUGGCUGUCUUUCCAGGCGAGGAGCACCUUGGCAUCCUCCCAGUGGAGAUGAAAUGUGCCUCGGGAUUGAGGUCCAGCCCUACUCUGGGGACGCCAUGUACCCCCGAACCUCAGCUAUCCUAUCCUUCCCUGAGCCCUGCCGGGGACCAGGCCCGGCCAGGCCAGGGUGCCCCGUCGCCCCACUGGGGAUGCUGACCCCUCUCCUGCUGCGGCGCCGGGGACUGCCCAGAAGUGAGGAUGACCUGCCUCACCCCUGGGUCCUUCCAGCUGUCGGGCCCUGGCCUGAUGCCCACCCUCCUUCCCCACCCCCCAAGCAGGACAGUUCUCGGGCCAGAGAUAGACGGAGCCACAGGCCACAGGUAGGGCUGGAGUUCAGAGCUGGCAGUGGCCUGAGGACCUGUCUGUGGUCAGGAGAUGCGCCCCAGAUCUGCCACAGGGCCAGCAGACACUCCAGGCUCUCGGGCCACCCAGCAGAGCUGCUGGAAGGGGGAGGGACGGGUGGGGCAAAGGAGAGGGCAGGACGGGGGCACAAGGGCCUCACCUACCCCCAGAUCUCCCAACUCAAGCGUCCACAUGGUACCAGCCCUGUGUGAAAACCCGAUUCAAACUGGGUUAAUCCAGCAGGAGUUUAUCAUCUACGAGGCUUCCAAAUCCAGGCCUGGCUGGAUCCGGGUCCCAAGAAAGUCCCAGGCUGACCCUGGGGCAGGGCAAUGGCGGCUCCAGCCAAACUCGCACGGGAGAGGAGAGGGGCAUGGCACCAGGAGGGCAUCCACACCAUCCUCUCGCUGCCCUGCCGGGAGCUGGGAGCCAGGCUGAGGGGUCCGAGUCCUCGCCGGCAGGUGUGUGCCCACCAUGGGGCCCAGACAGCUGCGGCGCUUCUCUCCUCCUCAGAUCAGGGGGGCAUCCCCUCAGGACCUAACAGAUCUCCAGGCAGAACCUCUGCGGUCAGAUGAUGUGGGCCAACCUUGGGUUAUAGAAAUGACAGAAGCCUCCCUAAGCCUGUCCUCGAGGCUGCAAACAUCCUGGUCUCCUGAGCUUGGUUAGCGAGGGGGUCCCUGACUUGGGGGCCAGGCACAGGGACCGUGUGCCCUGGAGCCCACUCUGAGCUGAGCUGUGAGUGCUGGCGACCCCUCGGCCUGAGCAGCACAGAUCUGAGCCGUGCUGCCCUCCGAGGAGCGUGGGGUCCCAGCCUCCGCCCCCUCCCUGGUGACCCUGGUGGGCAGGGGGCCCCGCAGGCCCACAGGGCUCCAGGCCAGGCGCCCUGCAGCAGUGCAUCCUGGAGCAGCUGCUGCGUGGCCUCGCAUGGCAGGCAUCUCCAGCCGGAACACACAGACCUGACCCUGCGGCUCGGAGGGGAUAGAAGGGCCCAGGCUCCGCCCGUGCCAGUCCAGAGCGAAGGGUCCCAAAGGCAGAGGGGGGACCCUCCGAUCUGCCACACCCAACAGAAAGCACACAGCCGGCUCCCGGCAGCUGGGUAUUGAACCAGGAAGCUUUAUUUACACAGUAAAAGUAACAAGCAAAUUCCUGAGAGACUAGAGCGGCUCUAGUGCAAGACAGUCGCGGCCCGUGCGGAGGACAGGCUGCGGUGGGUGGAGGUGGGGGACAGACCCAGCGCCUCUGCACCCAGCGCUUCGCCCCGGGCAGGGGCCUGGCCCAACACUGCCCGUCCUGGCCGCCACACUUCCUGAGGCUCCCCAGUGCCCACGAGGUACAGCUGGGAAAGCGCACACGGCCCGAGAAACCGCCGACUCGCCGUCCCCGCGCCCCGGGGCAUCGCCCACCCCCGCACUGAAACACAAUUUCUUUGCCAAAGAGACUAUGCUAGAAGGUCAGACUAUCCUACCUAGGCUACAAGAUCUCCGCUGCGGUCUGGGAUUUCUUUUUUUUUUUUUAAUCUUUUUCUCUUUCAAGAGGAAUGGUUUUUUCUGGCACCAGUGGGAGGGGUCGGGCCAACUGUGUGGCCGUGGCAAGACGCGGCACAACUGCCUACACGGAGGCACCGCCCUGGCCGGGCUGCCGCCCCAGCGCCGGGGUGGCGGGGUACCGCUCGCGCCCCAGGCCGCGGGGCCUGAAGCGGUCAUCGUUCGGGUGACCGGCCCCGAGGCCAGAGCACACGCGACUUGAGCCUGCGGUGGGGCACCCAGGGCUUGCGCUGAGGGCCCCGGCAGUGCCAGCCAGAGCGCGGAAACGAACACGCCAACCCUGCCUGGAGACCCAUUUGGAUGUUGGGUUUGUUUAUUUUUCUAAGGUGGACUUCUCCUUUAUUUAAAUUUUCUUUCCGCGUACAAAUUCACAAGACUUUCCUGCUACAAAAAUUUUGCUGAAAAGUAAGGCUUUCUGAGAAUGAAAAUUCAUAUGCAUGAUCAGAACAAGCUCUCCUGUGGCCUGGAUGUCGUGUCUGCCUGUGGGCCCUGGGCUGGACCCCGGCCUCCACCGUAAGGCAAGAGGGUUUGCGGUAAUGUAAACGGCGAGGCUGUGGCCCUGGCCCCCGGCCCGGCCCUCACAGGCAGCAGCCCGUUAGUCCAGCGGCUCUAGCAGGCGCUCCCUCUGGAGUGAGCAGGGAUGCCCCGGGACAGGAAGCCCCCCCUCCCCACCCACGACCCCGUUCUAGUCCUUCAGGGCCCCCGGGGCCGGCGGACGGCCUGGCACCGCCCUCCCUCCCGGCUCCGAACUUCCUCAGAGGCAGGAGUUCAUGGGCUGUAAGAGGCAGGGCCCCAGCAGAAGUGAGGCUUGCGGGGAGCCCACCAGGCCGCCUGCUGCCCCCAGGGGCAGCCCGCUGGGGUCAGAGGAUGCCUCCCUCCAAGACCAAAUUCCCGGUGCCAGAGGAGCAGAGCACAGAUGGCCUCUGGAGGUGUGGCAGCACCUUCUAGACGAGGUCUGCUGCCUUCAAUUAAGACCGACAUGAAGCCACUGGAAGGCCGUCUCUUUCUCUGAGAGGGGUCACUGGCCAUCCUCUCCCCUCCCUGCUGCUGUCGUGGGCUUUGGCGAGGAGCUUCGGUUGGGGCAGAACAGCCAAGAGAGGCCUGAGGUGGCUGGAAAGGGCCAAACCCUGCCUUGGGCUGGGAUCCCUUCUGCCUUUUGGGUUGACAGGACCAGCCUGCGGGGAGGUGGGGACGAUGGGGCCACUGCUUGUCCUUCCCUGCCACCAGGCCUGGGAAGGGGGGGAAGUGACUGGCAGGGUCCAAGGGCGUCACCUGCGCCACAGGCCCGUGACACCCACCCACCGCCAUGUGCCCUCCCUCCUGGCCCCGAGGAGAGGCCCAUCCUGGCUGAGUCUCGCCCCUGUCGGUGGGUGAGGGAGGCGGGAUCCUGCUUGUCCUUCCCCGGGAAGGACUGCUGUCCUGCAUGCGCCCCCUAUGGCCACUCUUGGUGCGGCCAGGUGUCAACACCUCCCACCCCAGGCUUUCUGAGGCCGAGGGGCGCCAGCAUGUACUCUGUGAAUUCAUACGUUGGUCGCUGGACGCCACCGAACAGCUGCCCUAGCCUCCUCUGGAUCAGCUCUAAGACGACGGGCCACCAAGCAGGGGUCAGGUGAGACGUCCUUCCCCACCAGAGCCGCCGGCUGCCUCGUCCGACUCCCCAGGGGAACGUGCCUUUGGAGGGACCUACCCAGCGCCCGCACACCCGUUACGCUCUACAACCUGAGGCUUUCAGCACAAUCUUGGGGGGCCACGGAGUUGGGAUUUUCUGCAAGCAUCUUAUGGCUGACUUUUAAGAAAAGCCAAGUAUAAAUGAGAACUUGAGCCCCCUCGCUUCUGAUGUAAGAAAGUAAAGGUUUAAGUAAAGUUUCCCAAACAUUGUCUCUCUCCUCAGUGGAAAGAAAGUGAGAGCUACUUGUACUCGACCUGCAGCGGUGAGGCAUCCGCCGUGAACAGAUGAGCAGGGGCAAAGUGACUCCGAGAGAGUCUCUGUCGCGGCAGCGAGCUCCGGAGAACGCACAGAUGUGUUUAGCCUCACGGGAAAAAGAGCCACUCGCUCACAAGCCGACCCAACUGCUAUCGUCUGAGGAAGGCGCCAAGCUGCUAAAAGCCAGAUUCCAAGGCAGCAGAGCCCAGGGGGCAUGUGUGCAAGCGGGGCUGGAGAGGAGCUGUCUGGGAGGGAGACGUCGCGGGGUGGGGCGCCUCGGCAACCCCGGGGGGCGGGGGACGGGGGGGCCCGGAGCCGGGGAGGGUACGCGCGCGUCUCGCUCUAUGCCUGCGGCGGGGAGAGGCACUCGCCACCCUCUGCUCCCCGGCCCACCUGGCCCACCGACAACGAGCCUGCGCGUGAAGGCUGCGGGGCCCCAGAGCGGCCAGCAGACGCCCUCCGUCCUGAAACGAGCGCAGGGCCUGGGGCUGUGCGCCUGCACAGAAGUCCUGCUUCCUGAGGACGUUUUCAAGAGGUCGCCCUUUUACGGUGACAUCGCUCCACUCGCCUGACACUCCAUGACAGGUUGGUCACGGAGAGUGGCUGCCAGCUGCCGACCCUGCCAGAGCGGCCCCCAGAGCGGCAGGAGCCCGGGCCAGGCCGUCCACGCCGCAGGAGGGGCUCGUGGCUCUGCCUUUGCGGCCAGCAGAGCCACCAAACGUCUCCCCAGCUAGACGGCCUCUAACGAGCGCCCCGAGUUGUUCCCUGGACCCUGAGAGUCCAGAUGUGGAGGCCGCCCGGCAGCCCAGGGCUGCUGUGCCCCGCACUUGGCAUUAAGGCUAAACGGUUCUGGUGUCACCACGGAAGGAAGCGUCUCCCGACCCCGCCCAGGCCCCAGGUGGGAGGCCUGGGAGAGAAGGCACGGAAUACGACUGAGGGAGGGAGGGCGCUGUGGGCCAGCUCCCCCCCCACUGAACCUGAGCAGGAGGCCGAGAAGGGCCGUGACCCCAGAGGAGGGACCCGAGCCCGGGCGGAAGCACACAGAACGGGCCAGCCCUGCCGCAGCGCCACGGGACUGCCCAGCGGGGACGGUGGGACGCUUGCGCCGACAUCCCACAGGAAAGAGGGGGAAGGAGACCGAAACCAAGAAGCUUCUCUCCCGGCCGUGGUAGCUCCACGGAGCGUGGGUGCGGUGCUGGUGAAAGGCUGAGACCCUGCACCGCGGGCCCGGCCAGGCGCCCGGCGGGAGAGGGGUGGGGGGAGAGGUGGCAGGAGGCCUAUGGAUUCUAGCGCACCCCCUGCCCUGCCCGCCCCGCCGCCAGCCGGGGCCUCUCAGUUGUUCUCUAUCUGCUCAAUGUCCAGCUCGCCGUCCAGGGAGCAGGGGCUAUUGCAGACAGCCCCGUGGUCCCGCCAGGCCGUGCCCGGCUCCCCACGCCCACCACAGCCCUCGCCGAGGGCGCAGCCACCCGCCUCCUCGCAGCACGGCUCCUCCUGGCAGGCGGGGUGGUCGUCCAGGGACGGGGGCAGAGGCUCGGGGAUCGGGGUCCCGGCGGGGGUCCUGCCCCCCGUGCCCGAGGCCGAGAGCAAGGCGGUCCAGGACCUGGUGCUGCUGACGUGGAGGGCGAAGGGGCUGUGAGGGCCACGGUCCUCCGUCCCCGCGCUCAGGCAGCUGAGGCUGCUGAAGGUCUGACAGUUCUGUGGGGGAGACAGACACACACGUCACUCAGGGUCACGUUCCUGGAACCGAAGGCCCGCACGCCCCAGCCAGCCAGGCCCAGGCCCCUGGGGCUAUCUGCUGGUGGGCCCGCCGGGCAGCAGAAGACCACCCAAGUCCCGGCCGCUUCCCCGACCUGGACAAGGACAAGGAUAACGUAUGAAUAAAUACCCCUGGCCGGUGAACACCAUGUUAAUAAAGAAAAAGCGGGGUGCAGUUAUUCAUCUGCAAAUUGGCAAAGAGGACGAGCUUGCUAACAACCAGUUCUGGGGGCACUGCGGUGGGGUGGGGGGGGCAGGGGCAUGCCCAGAGCCCUUCACACACGACCGUUCUGAAAACGGAUCUGAACACUUCAUCAGGCAAUUUCACUUCGAGAAUUUUUAUCUGAAGAAAACAAUCCGGACGCAUGCAGAAAUUCAGUGACAUGAACAUUCCUCGUCACGCUGUUAAAUUGAAAAGAAGAAAGUGACCCAGAUUCCCUGCGAUAAGGGUUCCAUAAAGCAUGUCUUUUCAGACAAGGGAAGCCUCUUUAGCCAUUAAAAGAACACGGCAGGAGUGGAUUUACUGACGCAAACGGAAACACCGCCAGGCCGCACUGCUGCACAAAGGGGGCACGGUGCCCAUGCCACCCUGUCGCCGUGAUAGGAGGGGACAUGGGCCAGGAGGGUUGGCUUGACAUCCACGUGGUGCACAUCAGAGCCACCCAGGGGGCCGGUUUCCACGUGAGCCCUGGGCUCCUGUGCUCUCAACAGGCACUCAGGUGACGGAUGCUGCAACCCUGCUGGGGAAGGGGCCAGGCUCACAGCUGGGGGCCGCGGAGACACCCCUCAGCCUCCCUAGGCCUCAGCUGCCUCAUCUGUAAGAGGCGAGUGAUGGUCCCUGCCUGUCCCACAGGGCCCUUUGAGGCCCCGGUGAGAGAAUGUGGCUGCCCAGGGCUCUGCACCCGUAGGCUCUGCCUCUGCAAGGGGCCAGCCUGGAGGAGGCAGCCUAGGGCCUGCCCGUGGCGGGCAGAGCUUGAACACGGCCCAAGGGCGCUUGGGGCCACCCACUCACAAAAGGGGGCAGGCCCGGCACAACGCACCCACGGGUUCAGCUACACAACAGCUCUCCCAGCUGAGCAGAGUCAGGACGGAGGGCUAUGCAGACGAGGGUGCCCACGGCCCAGCCCCACCGGUCCCCAACAGGACCAGCAGCAAUGCUGUGCCUUCUCGGGACGAGACAGGAGAGACGUGUGUCGAAGGCAGCAGGAGGGAGUCCGGGCUCUGGCUUCCUCCCUGCACACGCUGGGGACUUGGGGGCGUGGGGAGCACCGCACGUCUGCCAAUGCCAAGGUCACAGGCCUGUCCUGAGGGCCCCCGUCCUUUCACAGGCGGCAGUGUCCGUAUGUCACUUUGAAAUAAAGGUGACCACCGGCUGUCACAGCGAGCAAGCCGCUGCACCAGGCUUGGCGGAUGGAAAACGAAAGGCACCCUCUCUAGAGGGAAGUGGCCGGACCUGCUGCGCGCGCUCACCGUCCCCGCCGGCGCCACGGCGGAAACCGCUCUGAUGGGUUUGCUCGUUUUGGAAUCCUUCGAUUAACUGAGAAAGGGACGCUGGGGUACUGGCGGAGUGGGGGGCUCUGGGAUUGAGGAAAGAAGGGCUGGGCCACCAAUCAGACCUGAGAUGCUGGCCCAGGUCGUGGUGGGAGCCAGACUGGGGACCCUCGCGGUGCCCCUCCUGGGCCACGUGGGGCUCGCUGAGGCCCCAGGCCUCACAGGGCAUGUUCCCUCCGCUGCCACAGCAGAGGGCCGGACGCAGGUCCUCGUGCAAAAUGGCCCCCGAGAGCCUCCGUGUCCUCAGGUCAGAACACAAACCUAACGCUGUGUGUGGGCAGAGGCCCCAGAUGCCUGCACCGGGAGGGUCCCUGGGCCCCCUUCUGCCUCCCAGCCACUCUCCUGACUGGCCUAGACCUGAGCCAGGACGAAAGGAGAACUGGGUAGAGAGACAAGGAAGAGGGAGGAUGGCUCAGCCCGGGCCUACAGAAGCAGCGGUGUGUAAGGAAUUUCCGCGAAUGGCAGUGUGACCCGUUACAAAUAAUAACGCCCAGCGUAAACCCAACGUGCUGUGAAUGGGUCACAGGGGAUGCCGAGACCCUGAUGCCCUCAGCCCCACGAACAUGCGUUAACUAAGGUGCAGGCGGCUGCCUGACUUCACGGCAAACGUGACGGCGUGUGUCUGGGCACUAGUCAUGUUAAACUGCAGCCAGCCAGCAGCAGGGUGCUGGGGACCCCAGCUUGCGGGAACCUUUCAGAGACGCUGCUUUUGCCUCAAGCAUGCCCUGGCGAGGGCUGAGGUCAGAGAGGCUGUUACAGUCCUGGGUUCCGCCACACACAGGCCUGAUGGCUUCAGACAAGGCCUUCCAACCUCUGGGCCUUGGCCCACCUGACAAAUAAGGGCUGGGCGAAGGGCACCCGGGCGAUCCCCGUUCUGAAAGUCUGGAAUAACUGGGUCCUUUUUGCUUUGCAGCAGGGCAAGAAGCUGCAAGGUUUGGUUGGUGAAUGUUUGUCACAAGCAAACCCCAGGAUGCCACUGAACCCCACCCUCUGACAGUCCUCAAAGGCACCUACCCCUUGGCUACAAAGCCAGUGUCACGUUGAAAACGUUGUUGACUCAAAACUCAGCUGUUUCAGCCACAGUGAAAACCUGCUGAAUGUCCCAGCCGGUGGCACGCCCCACCUGCCGGGGAGGAAUGUGACCUGCACAAAGGGGCAGUGUGUGUGUCCUGCCCAGGCUCCAUCCCAGGAGGGCCCAUCCUGUGUUGGCAUCCAGGGCGCGGCCCUGGGGGCAGGGUCCCGCCCAGCCUCUCCUGGCGGCUCGCGCUCCCCAAAGCCCAGCUCCAAUGCAAGAAUGCUGCACAGGCCUGUUGGAGGCCUGGAGGCCUGUGUGCCCUCAAAAACGUCUGGGCAAAGCUGCAAAGCUUCGAACAAGUUCAAAGCACUGUGUGAACAUCUUUCCAGGGUGAGAUGGCUGCUUUGGGACAGACAGUCCCCCCUAUGCCAGACCCGGCCCUGGCCCAGGGAUGGGCCGCCUACUUGGGCACGAGCCUGACCAGGUAGCAAAUCUCAGGACCAUCCACUGGCCUCAGGCUAGUGGCUGGAGACACUGCUCAGCACCCCAGUCCUAGAGUCUGGAGCAACUUUGGAAUGGAGCCCCUGAAAGUCAAGUUGCUUCCAUCAGAACUGCCAGGCCUCAGGUACAGGCAGCAGUGUCUCAGCCCACCCACCCAGCCUCCCCAAGUCAGAAGCAACGGCCCCUUCUCUGCACAGCCCUUCUGUGCAGAUAUCUGCUCCCAUCCCCUCCUUCUGGGUGGCAGGCCCCUGGCCAGGCCCUGGGUUCAGCCCCGCUGGAACUCUGUGCAGCCGUCAUUGCAGACAGAGGCCCACCAGACCCGGGUAGUGAGAGCACCCCGAGGGCCGGGCCCGGCUCCCGUCCACACCCGCCGUCCACACCCAGCCCCAAGCGCCCACACUGUGAAGAGGCCGAGGAGGACGCAGCCCCUCGCCAGCUAAGGGCACCUCUGCCUUGAGCUGCAAUCUGAAAACCAAAUCCCCCCUCGGGAACCUCACAUUAACUUAACGGACUCGGCCCCGUCCUUCUGUGCACGCCGGCCACCACCCACCCUGCCGAGCCUUGGGCCAUGAGCUCCGUCCCCUCCCCAAGUGCCAGCCUGGAGCAGGCAGCCCAGGGCCAAGGGCAAGGCAGACUGGGGUGCCGUGGCCGAGAGCAGGCAGCGGCAGCCCCCUUUCUCCUGGUCGUCUUGCCCUCAGGAGGACAGGCUGUUUUCCUCACUCCCGUCUCCCUGGGCCCCAUCCUGCCCUUGAACCGGGAAGGCCUCGGGAGCGUGGUGCGCGUGGCCCAGGGGAGGAGCGCGGGACGCAGGGUCUGGGGUCGGAGGAACUCGCCCAAGACUGGCUCCUCCACUGACAAGAGUCGCCUCAUUGGGGAAAUGAACAGUCGUCACUGGCCUGGCUGCCUCCCUGGGACAUUGCAAGGGUCCCACGAGAAAAUGGAUGUGAAGCGGGGCUGCUGGGGCCCCACCUGUGGAAGCCCGUUCCCCAGCGCCUGGCACAGCUCCCCUGCCCCUUCCUCCCGGGGCAACCCACAGCCAGGGACUGGCCGAUACGGGUUCUGGAGCUGACCUGGGCCUGUUACUGAUUUUUAGGGAACCACCUCAGAUCCCUCUAGAAAGAGGGGCAUAAACAAGCCCAACCAGCCAGGGAGAACGAGCAGACCGGGUCCGCGCCUGGCCCAGGCUUCUGGAGCCUUGCAGCCACUCUGCUGCAAGCUGCUGGGCUAGGGCCCUGGCUAAGCGGAGGCAUUUCCUCCCCCAAGCAGACACUUUCAUGAGAGCAGAAUUCUCCAAGUAUCAAGAAAACGCCAGGCCAUGAGAGUGGCGAGGGGCCUGGAAAUUUUUUAAGCCUCACUUGUGCUGGAAGCCGGCACAGAGACAACCAGGGCGGUGAGGUAUGUGGUUUCCUGGGGUGGCGGUUUUGUUUUGUUUUUUAAACUAUCUCAGGAAAGAGAAAAAGGCACCGGCUUAUUUGGGGCCUAUCUUUAAUCCAUCUUUGGUAAAUCGGAGUUUCCCAUGAAGGCUGGACUGUCUCUCAUAGGAAGCCCCAGAGCCCAAGGGGUCAGGCGGUGGGCUGUCCCGGCUCGGAGCUGCGGGUCUGGUGGCGGGUGUCAGGCAGGUGCUGGAGGUGGCCGAGGGUAGCGGGCACAGCUGGCCCUUCGCUCCCGGCAUCCCAUCACCGUGCUCAGGCCCCGCCCAGCUCCACUUCCUGCUCACUCGGCUCUGUGUCGGGCCCAGCCCGUUUCUGUGACAUGCUCAUUACCUUUGGACCCCACACGAUGCAGCCCUUUUAAGCCUGGACUGCUUCCCUACCUCAGGAAGAAGGGCAACGCCGGCCACUUACAACCCAGAUAGGGAAGCUGGGUCGCCGGGGCCUGAAAGCAGAAAAUGAAGUUGCCUGAAGGGAGGAGCCUCUGGGGCCCAGGGAGCACCUCGGACUUGGCACUGGACACUUGAGGUUCUUCCCAGAUCACAAGUUCUAGAAUCAAACGGCCAGGGGAGGGCAGGACGUAUCUGAGGGGUGGAAGGAUGGCCCUGGCAGUUACUAGGAAGCCCCUGCCUUCCUGGGCCUUUUCCCUCAGCUCACUGCUGCAGAGGCCACAACUGUUUCCUGAGCAGCCGUCACCUGGCAGGCGUCUCCUCAUCCACUAGACCCCUGCAGGACCGUCAUCCCCUGCAGAAGCAAGCCUGAGCCCAGGUGUCCCCUGCUGGUCCCCUGCGGCCCCGACCCCGCACCCCACCGCCUGGCUCAGGGGCCGGCUCACAGAGGGUGCUAGUGCAACCCGGUGGGGUGGGAAGGAAGGACCCGCUGGGUUAGCCCCGGGAGCUGGACUGUGUGUCCGCACAGCCCUAAGGUCCUGGGACGCUGUGGGCAUGUGCUCUGAAUGGUGGCCAACCCCGUGGUCUGGAGCCCCCCUCUGCCCAGGCCACAUUGUGGCAAACGCUGUUUCUGCACCAGGCCCCGGGUGGCAGAUGGCCCGUCUGGACACAGAAGGUGCGGAAGCCGAUGAAUGGCAAGGGGCCUCCCGGCAAGCUCACAGUUAGAAAACAAACAUUUUCUUUCUGCAGCGUGCAUCCUGGCCAGCACACACUCAGAGCAGGGCUUGUAAGAACACCUCGCUCUCAGCUUGCCGUGGAGGGAAUUCUCUGCCUGACAGAAGUCGAGGGACCUUUCCAAAGCACACAGGGCGCUGGCGGGGGGACCAAGGCUAACGCACUGCCGGGACGCAUGGGGACCCUGGGGGCGGCUUCUGCACCAGGACUGGGGGCACUGAAGGUGGCUCCAAGGCCCCAGAGGGGACGGCGGGCCCUGGGUUUUGUUCAGCUGGCUGGAGCUGGGUGCUCCAAGGGCCAUGUCAAGGCACAGGGAGACAGGACUGCAGAGUAUUGGGACCCUCUCAGCCCAGCCCUCCAUUCUCUGUUCAGAUAUUGGCUUCCAGAGAAAGGGCAUGCUUUUUGGGAAAACGGGCAAAUCGCCAAUCAGUCUAACAGACUUAUCUGCAAAUAGGCAGACGGAGGCCGAGAGAAGGGAGGAGACGUGCCCCAAAUCCCGCAGCUGGUUGACGUGCAACCAUUCCUCUUGACUUCCGGGUCAAGCUCAGGAGAACGUUCGAUCCUCAGGCAGGACAGCGGCCAGAAGAGGCUGGACAAGCCUGGGCUGGAAGCCUGGCCCUCUGGGGGCCCUGGGAAGUCCUGAAAUUUCUCAGCCUCAGUUUCUCAUUUGGACAAUGAGGCUAAUAUGAGCCCCAAAUGAAGUCACAGGAUUGUUUGGAGGGUUAAUUGCAUUGAGACCAUGUAGGAGGCCAAGGAGGCGCUUGGCUAACCUGAGCUCCCUCCUCCCCCUGCGCCCACCCCGCCGUGCUCAGGCUAAGGUGGGGGCCCGGGGCUCUCCGUGGCCAGCGCUGCACAGCCGAGGGGUCAGGGGCUCGGCUUUGGGAACAGAAUCUAUGCUCUAGAUGGUCAAACCCACUGUCCUUUUCAACCAAAACCUGCUUUCAAAGGAGCCAGAAGACAUGCCAGCAACACGAAAGGUGAAAUCUCUAGGAAUAAAAAUAUAAGAGAGAGAGAAAAGAGACAGGGAGAAAACCUUACAGAACACAAAUGUGGGCUUGAACAAAUAGAGAGACAUCCUGUCUGUGGACAGGAAGACUCAACCUCAAAAAGGUGUGAAUUCUCCCCAAGUUAAUUCAGAAGUCUAACACAAUCCCAAUCUACAACGUCUACAGCAGCCCUCCCCCAUCUCAAGACAAGCUGAUUCUCAAGUUUUCAUUGGAAAAAUAAACAGGUGAGAAUAAUCAGGAAGCCUCUGCGAAGAACAAUUAGGAGAGACUAGUCUUACCAGAUGCUAAAACAUACUACAAAGCCUCAAAAUUAGGAGUAUACUACUAUAUGAGGACACACAGAGACUAAUGAAAUAGAAGAGAACGUUCUGAAAUAGCCCCAGGUUAGCAUAUGAUAAAGGUGGAAUCUCAAAGCAGAGAGAGAAAGAUGGAAUUUUCAAUAGCUGGUAAGGAGACCAGUGGGUAGACAUAUCAAAAAAGAAAAAAAGGGCUUCCCUGGUGGCGCAGUGGUGGAGAGUCCGCCUGCCGAUGCAGGGGACACGGGUUCGUGCCCCGGUCCGGGAAGAUUCCACAUGCCCCGGAGCGGCUGGGCCCGUGAGCCAUGGCCGCCGAACCUGCGUGUCCAGAGCCUGUGCUCCGCAACGGGAGAGAGGCCACAACAGUGAGAGGACCGCGUACCGCAAAAAAAGAAAAGAAAAAAACAUGUUGUCUCCAUAUUCAUACCACAUACAGGAUAAGCUCCACAUAGACCGAAUACUGCAACAUAAAACCAUAAAACACUAGGAUGAAACACAAAAUUCCUUUAUAGCCUUUCUAAAAUCCAACAUUCAGAGCCAUAAAAGAAAGAAUUAAUAAAUUUGAUAAAAAAAUGUAUACACGUCAAAAAACGCUAAAAGCACUGGUGGGAUUGUAAAAUUGUGCAGUCGCUUUGGAGAACAGACUGGCAGUUUCUCAAAAUGUUAAACACAGAGUUACCACAGGACCCAGCAAUUCCACCCCUAGGUAUGUACCCAAGAGAAAUGAAAACACAUGCCCAUACAAAAACAUGCACAUCAACGUUCACAGCAGUAUUAUUCGUAAUAUCCAAAAAGAGGGAACAACCCAAAUGUCUACCAAUUAGCAAAUGGAUAAAUAAAAUGUGGCAGGAAUAUUUUUCGGCCAUAAAAAGGAAUGGAGGGACUUCCCUGGUGGCGCAGUGGUUAAGAAGCCUCCUGCCAAUGCAGGGGACACAGGUUCAAUUCCUGGUCCAGGAAGAUCCCACAUGCCGCGGAGCAACUGGGCCCGUGCGCCACAACUACUGAGCCUGAGCUCUAGAGCCCGUGAGCCACAACUACUGAGCCCGCGUGCCACAACUACUGAGGCCCGUACGCCUAGAGCCCAUGCUCUGCAACAAGAGAAGCCACCGCAGUGAGAAGCACGCGUACUGCAAAGAAGGGUAGCCCCCGCUCGCCACAACUAAAGAAAGCCCACGCGUGGCAACAAAGACCCAAUGGCACCAAAAAUAUAAAAUAAAUUUAAAAAAAAAAAAAGGAAUGGAGUUA